GUUAUGGGGAAUGUCAACUUGCUGAUGAGAUGCUCACUUGUGCUUCUGAUAAUUUGCGUCAAAUUAACAAGACUACGGACCAGGCCAUGGAACAGACUAUAUAUGCUGCUCGCAUCAUCUCAACAUAUGUUACGUUCUACAAAACUGUGAUUCCUUCAUCAUAUUUUGAAGAACUUAGCGAGGAAGGUCUGCCACAAGAACAAUCAGUUGAAAUUUUAAGGUGGCCAGAAGAAAACAUCCCAAUAGCCGGCUUGAAUAUUGCAGAACCAGAAGGAAGUAAAGUGCUAGAAAUAUUAAUCAAAAUUC